AUGGGCAGCUGUAACUCUCCUAGCAAUGCUGACCCAGCAGAACCCCUUGUCAACGAUCUCUCCUACCAUACCUUGACGACGUAUAUUGCCGCGGGAACCACCAUCUGCACAUGGACCGUUUGCAGUCUCCUGACACUUGCACACCUGGCGAGAUAUGCUGAACCACAACGACAGAAGCAAAUUGUCCGCCUUAUUUGGACGCCAGGAGUGUUCGCCAUUUUCAGCUUCUUCGGAGUCUGGCAUUACAACCUGGCCAACUACCUGACUCCGAUCGCCGAGCUCUACGAGGCCUUUGCACUCAUUGCACUGUUCUUUCUUCUGGUUGCCUGCGUGGCGCCAGAGUCCUUUGAAGGACAGCUUCAGUAUUUUGCUACCAACCCUGGGACUAGCAAACCUUCAAAUGCUGCAAGCGUCAACUGGUUUCGCAAGACUUGGAUCACCGUGAUUCAAAUUUUGCCCACCCGCGUGGUCACCGUCACUGCCACAGAGAUUGUCGAAGCAACACAGUGCCACGGAACCACGUCCUAUCAGCGGACUAUGACCAUUAUCAGCAUUGUUCAGGGGUUGCUGACUGCGAUCUGUCUCAUCGGCAUCUCCAAGUUCUACCCGAGAUGUCGCAGCCAGCUCCACGUUGCCGACCGGCGUAUUCUUUAUAAAAUGGGCGUGUUCAAGCUCCUCGUCUUUACCCAGCUUGUACAAAGGAUCAUCAUCAAUGCCCUCUCGCAGAGUGACGUCCUGAAACCAACCGAGCAUCUGAGUUACAGCGACCUCAAUCUCGGGUUGAACUCCUUCCUCAUCUGUCUGGAGACUUUUGUAAUUGCGAUUCUGUUCGUCUGGCCGUUCUGGCCGCACAAGGCGUUUGAGAAUUCGAGGGCAGGGAUUCUUUCGGCAGCUCUAGACGCCAUUAACUCUAGCGAUGUUUUUGCAGGGAUAAAAUUUGUCGAGUCCGCUCUCGAAUCAACUCAGCAUCAACCUCUUACCAUUACUCCGUCAGCAUUUGUCAAAUUCUUCUGUCAGAUCAGUCUCCUCUUCUCUACCAAAGAUCCAAAAAUGCCCGUCAGUCGCUGGAACGAUGCCAGAAAGCUCACUCUCCUUCGCACUGCCAUUACGUGUUUACCAAACUUCAAGAUCGAUGCCGUCCAAGUAGCUAAGAUGUGGCCCGACGACGAUGAUGAGCAUGUCAAACCGACUGUUCGUAGCAUCAACGACAACUUCAGGGCAAUUAUAAGACACGGCAAAGACCUCGAGGCUUUACGGCAGAUUAAGCAAGGGCCCGUCACAAAAGGGGAUGAUGAAGACGAAAAAGCCGAAGCCAGGUCUAAGGCGAAGAAUGAGAUUGACGACACCCCUGCUACGUUUCAAUCAUCCACGAUCAAAUCCCCAGAAGGGAAGAAUAUAGUCACUACUCCACACCGCGGUGUGAGCUCCGGGAACAAGCGCUCGUCAGCGAACAAGCCUAGCACCGGAUCUAAGCGCAAGCGCCGCGUCCAUUCACCCUUCUCUGACGAGGACAUGCGAUCGGCAAGCGAGACCACCUCCGGCGAUGAGGCCAAUAUCGCCACUCCAACCCCGCUGACUCGAAGAACCUUGCCAGUGCGCAAAACUCGCCAUGCAGCCAAGCCCAUGUCCGAGGACGGGCGCGGCGGUACGGAGGGGGAGGAGGAAUAUGUGUGUGCAAGGCGCCAGGACUCUGAGGACUCGGACGGGGAGUAUGACCUUGCCGAAGAGCGCAAGGAGAAGGCAGCACGCAAGGCGAAGCUAGCGAGGCUGGCUCGCAAAAUGUCGCACGCCGAGAUUACCGAGCCCGUCACUCUGAGUAAAAGCCAGUUUGUCAGAGUCGCGGCCGCCGUCUGUCAAAGACAAAGGGAAGCCGUAUUAUUUUCUACGGCGCGAACCGGUUCCAUGACGAUCCCGGACGAGCGGAUGACAAACCGGCAGUCCCUCGACGUGAGCGGUGACCACACGGCAGGUCUCGCCGACUAUUACGGAGCAUUCUACGCUGAUUCCACGUAG